AUGGCACAGCCCGAGUUCCAGAUACCUGAAGAAUAUGCAUCAAAAGUGACCCGAGUCGAGUCCAAGGACAAGCGCACCGAUGCUGAGAUCUUAAACACCUUAACGACGCAUACUACUAUCACUUCUGAGAAGAAUAUCUGGACCUACUGGCAUGCCGGCGUCCAGAACAUGCCCAAGUGGACACAACGCAACAUCAUCAACUGGGUGCGCCUCCAUGGCUCCGAAUGGACAGUCCGCGUGCUCGAUACAGUACCAGACUCACCGAAUCACGCAUUGACUUGGAUCGCGACUGAAGAUCUUCCAGAAGCAUUCGUAAAGGAUACGAUGACAGGUCCAUACGUAGGGCCUCAUAGCGCCGACUUUCUGCGUGGCGCAGCACUGUACACGUAUGGCGGAGUAUGGAUGGAUGUUGGAUGUAUUCUUUUCCGCCACCUCGAUAGCGUGUGCUGGGCCCAACUUGCGGACGACACGAGUCCGUUUAGUGUUGCUGCGCCACUGAUAUACGGACAAUUUAUUGCGAAUCACAUUGUGGCGUCUCGCAAAGGCGACGAGUUCAUCAAGAAUUGGCAUCUGAUCUUCUUGGAGCUGUGGAAAGGACGCAAUGACUAUUCCGGCGUAUGUCAGUCGCCCCUGAUUAACUUCAUCCAAAAGUUGGAUUUUGAAGAGCUGGCCGAGGCGGGGUAUAGGUGGGAUUGGAAAUUGGAUGUGCAGACUAUCAUUGGGUACAUUGGACAAGUCUUCGCCUGGAUGCGCUUGACGUGGCUGCAGGAGCCCAAUGGCGGCUUCGAUGGCGUCAACUACUGGGCUAAGAAAGUCUUACUGUGGAACGCGCUUCCUGAAGACUUCCCUGCUGAGACAACCGUCGGAUUCGAUGGCGCGGAUAUUCUCAGGUUCUUUGCUACGAGGCUAGACGCUGAUGGAGAUGACGCAGGACAUGAGAAGGCGAAAAACGCAGCGUGGAACAUGAUAACGCAGAGUGUGAUGCAAAAGAUCACUCACGGUAAGGAGCUGUGCCAUAAGCCUCAUUGUGGUACGUUGCUCGACCUUCCGGAAAAUGAAGGUAAGGAUAUGGCGCCGGGCACUUUCGGAGAGCUGCUGCGUUACGGGAGUGUGCACCUGGAACAGACGAGAGAGAUGCACUAUAUCGAGGCAGCUGUUGUUGAGUCCGAGUUGAUACUUCGGAAAGGACUCCUAGAGGCGUGAACGGGAAGUGCACGUGUCUUGAAAAUCUAGGCGGCGAUGAAGUAGCCCAUUCGAUGUCCUCGUGUCAUCGGUAAUCAACGUAGAAAACCUGAGUAUCGAUGAAUGCCCAGAUUGAGGCAGUGCAAACGAUAGUCUUCCAGGCUUCAUAACAAGACCUGUGUUCAGAUGAGCAGGUAAUCCAGACCAUCAGCUCGGCGGCGACAAGGGGUCAGUGCGCGUGAUGACAUCACACCUUCCGUCUAUGGCUUCUCCGAGGAUAAGCCAAGACAGGUACGCUUGUAAAUCGCGCUUCCUCUCCGCCGCCAGCAAGCUUGGGAGACUAUUGCCAUCUGUCUGAGUUCU